AUGAGCACGCCAGAUGAUCCGGUAAUACAUAGUCCAAGUUCGGUACAUAACGGACCGGCAGCAGUGGCACUUCUCGCGGGUUCGGGAAUCAAAACUUUACCUGGUGAGAGUUUAGGAACGACAGGUAGUGGUGUAGGAAACAUACCGGUGGGUGUUUCAUCAGCAGCAGCUAUACAAUCAGCAAAUCCUGCUAUGCGAUGCAAUGGUCGUUCUGGUAUUUCCGCGAGUUCGUUGCCGGCAGCCGCUGCAGGCAAUCUUUUGCGAUUAUUGAAGGGUGGAUUAUCAGGUGUAGGUAUGAAUGUAAUAGAUGAAUUAGCCACAAUGAAUUCCCCAAGUCGUGUUAGUGGUGUUGUUCGUCAGAGUGCUUCUUCAUCAAGUGGCUGUUGCUCGCCGAACACUGAAACUGGCACUGAUGAAGCUCGGCGCCGUCAGAAGACGUGUCGCGUAUGUGGCGAUCAUGCAACGGGUUAUAAUUUCAAUGUGAUCACGUGUGAAUCAUGCAAGGCUUUUUUCAGAAGAAAUGCUCUAAGACCUAAGGAAUUUAAAUGUCCUUAUUCGGAUGACUGCGAUAUCAAUUCAGUGAGCCGUCGAUUUUGCCAGAAAUGUCGGCUUCGCAAAUGUUUCGCUGUGGGCAUGAAAAAAGAAUGGAUUUUAAACGAAGAACAACUAAGAAGACGGAAGAAUUCUCGGCUUAAUCAUAUGCAACAGCAGCAAAGUCGUAAUGUCAAUUCUAAUAAUAUUGGCACUGCCAAUGUAACGACUACUAUCGCAGCAAAUAAUGUGGGAAAAUCAUUAAUGUCAAUGAGUAAUUCUACCUCAGAUCAAGUUAACACUACUACUACUUCAACUUCAAGUACACCGCGUACGUCUAGUGCAUGUUCAUCAACGUCGGUUGAAGCAGGAUCAGAAGAUUUUGUUUGUGAAAUAGAUGUAUCCGUGUGA